AUGGAGGUGCAGAAGGCCACGUUUCUGCAAAGUCUGACUCUCCGGCAGGAGCGAUUCUAUGAGGUGGUUAUUUGCAACUUCACAGGAAGGCCGCUGCAUCUGCAGGGUUGCAAGGACCCAGCGGCACGAGUGACUGUGGCGGGACGCCUGCUACGGCUCCUGCCUGAAGUAUCCCCUUCAGGCACCGUUGGCGGUCGCACCGAGCUGGUGGAGCGCGUCCUUCUGCACCAGCCGGAGUCUCAUCCAUCACCGACGGUUCAGGCCAAGUUUCAACCCCAUAGCAAUUGCGGCGACCUCCUUGAGUUCACAGUGGUGUACUUGAACGCAGAAGGCAGCGGGGUGACAAUCCGUGUAAACGCUCACGACGCAUCUACCAUGCGAAGCUCCAUUCAAGUUCACGGCCAGGACCUUGAAGGAACGUCCGUUGUGGAGGAACUUCCGAGAAUGCGUGUGAGGCCCCCCGAAGGUUACGCACAAACAUCCUUAGGUGUUCAUGCGCGGCCUGACAAGUCUGAGCCCGUGCAUCAUCUCAAUGUGAAUGAUGAGGUCAUGCUUGGCAUGGGUCCGUGUUCAGGUCGCUGGCAUAAGAUCACACACCCUGCGGAAGGUUGGGUUCAGGCUGCUACUCGAGAUGGGAGACUCAUCCUCCAUGAAAUGGUCGGUUGCAGGCCAAAUCUUCGACAGGUCAUUACUCUUCGACCUGCGUCUUGCAGGCCCCUCCUCCAGCAGCCGGCACUUGUGAAAAAGGAAAGUCCUUGCCGGAAGACGGAGCAUGCUCUGUUCCAGGCUCGAGCUGCAGAAGCAUGCCGCCUUUCGCGCGAAAUUGCUCGACUUGAAGCAAGUGGGCCAUCCGGAACACCUCGCAAGAGCACCUUGGGUGUAUUUUAG